GAUGGAGGGCGAGGCUUGGAGCUCGGGCUGCACUGGCAGCGGAGGUGCAGGGAGCCGAGGAGAGGCGGCCGAGAGCCAUGGCGGCGGUGGUGAAGGCAGCAGCGGUGCGGGCGCGGAUUCUACAGGUUUCUUCCAAGGUAAACUCUGUCUGGUAUCCAGCAUCCUCCUUCUCUUCUUCAGUGCCAACUGUAAAACUCUUCAUUGAUGGGAAAUUUGUUGAAUCCAAAAGUGACAAAUGGAUUGACAUCCACAACCCAGCCACCAAUGAGGUCAUUGGUCGGGUCCCUGAGUCUACCAAAGCUGAAAUGGAUGCGGCCAUUGCUUCCUGCAAGCGUGCUUUUCCUGCAUGGGCAGACACCUCAGUGUUAAGCCGGCAGCAGGUCCUGCUCCGCUAUCAACAACUUAUUAAAGAAAACUUGAAAGAAAUUGCCAGGUUAAUCACAAUGGAACAAGGGAAGACCCUAGCUGAUGCUGAAGGAGAUGUAUUUCGAGGCCUUCAGGUGGUUGAGCAUGCCUGCAGUGUGACAUCCCUCAUGCUGGGAGAGACCAUGCCGUCCAUCACCAAAGACAUGGACCUUUAUUCCUACCGUCUGCCUCUGGGGGUGUGUGCAGGCAUUGCUCCAUUUAAUUUUCCUGCCAUGAUACCCCUUUGGAUGUUUCCCAUGGCCAUGGUUUGUGGAAAUACUUUCCUAAUGAAACCAUCAGAGCGAGUCCCUGGAGCAAGUAUGCUGCUUGCUAAGUUGAUCCAGGAUUCUGGUGCCCCUGAUGGAACAUUGAACAUCAUCCACGGAAAACAUGAAGCUGUCAAUUUUAUUUGUGAUCAUCCGGACAUCAAAGCAAUCAGCUUUGUGGGAUCCAACCAGGCAGGAGAGUACAUCUUCGAGAGAGGGUCAAGACAUGGGAAGAGGGUUCAAGCCAAUAUGGGAGCCAAAAACCAUGGGGUAGUCAUGCCAGAUGCCAAUAAGGAAAAUACCCUGAACCAGCUUGUUGGGGCAGCAUUUGGAGCUGCUGGUCAGCGCUGCAUGGCUCUUUCAACAGCAAUCCUCGUGGGAGAAGCAAGGAAGUGGCUGCCAGAGCUGGUGGAACGUGCCAAAAAACUGCAGGUCAAUGCAGGAGACCAGCCUGGAGCUGAUCUUGGCCCUCUGAUCACCCCCCAGGCCAAAGAGCGAGUCUGUAAUCUGAUUGAUAGUGGACCGAAGGAGGGAGCUUCCAUCCUCCUGGAUGGGCGAAAUAUUAAAGUGAAAGGCUAUGAAAAUGGUAACUUUGUUGGACCAACCAUCAUCUCAAAAGUCAAGCCAAAUAUGACCUGUUACAAAGAGGAGAUUUUUGGUCCAGUUCUUGUGGUCUUGGAGACAGAAACAUUGGAUGAAGCCAUUAAGAUUAUAAACAACAACCCUUAUGGAAAUGGAACCGCCAUCUUCACCACCAAUGGAGCCACUGCUCGGAAAUAUUCCCACCUGGUGGAUGUCGGACAGGUGGGAGUCAACGUCCCCAUCCCAGUGCCUUUGCCAAUGUUCUCAUUUACUGGCUCUCGAGCUUCCUUUAGAGGAGACACCAAUUUCUAUGGCAAACAGGGCAUUCUCUUCUACACACAGCUAAAGACCAUCACUUCUCAGUGGAAAGAGGAGGAUGCUUCUCUCUCCUCACCUGCUGUAGUCAUGCCUACCAUGGGCCGUUAGAAACAAAGUUUCUUCAAACCUAGUCCAUCCUGCAUAAUCUCCCUUCAUUCUUUUUUUUUUUGGUACUGGGGAUCAAACUCGAGACCUUGUGCUUUCGAGGCAGGCGGCAGAACCACUGAGCUAAAUCCCCGGCCCCCUUCAUUCUUGACCAACUUCAUUUGCCAACUUUGUUCAGAUCAGAUCUCUGGGAUUAGAAUAUGUUUAACUCAAGUCUUUCUCAGGACUUGGCCUCUUCAAAGUUGCUAUAAGGAGACAUCUAGUAUAAUACUGACAUCAGAUUUUUACUAGAUUUUCAUACUUCUGGGGUUUUUUUUGGUACUGGGGAUCAAACUCGGGUCCUUGCACUUGCACAGCAGGCAGCAAAACCACUGAGCUAAAUCCCCAGCCCUCAUACUUCUGUUUUUGAGAUAACUGGUAUAACUAUGGAAUGCUCAUCUAGAAUGACAGCCUAGACUUGUUUUCUAAAAAUUCUCCCUUUUUCUGACAACUUGAAGGAGGGCAAGGUCAGCGUAUAUAAAAAAGGUCUUAUAAUUGGAAGAAGAACACUUGGAUGGGGAAAUAGUGUGAACAUACAGUUCACCCUCUGGCUGAGCCUCAAACACAGCCCUCCAUCAGUGCCAAUGGGCAAGGCCAUUCUGCCAAGUUUUCCUGAGCCUCCCUCAUUCCACACUAUACAAGAUCUAAUUCAUUUCUACUUACCUCGAUUUUUUUUUUUGGAACUGGGGAUCGAAACAGGAGAUCAGGACCUUGCACUUGCCAGGCAGGCAGGCACUGGCACCACUGAGCUAAACCUCUGGCCCUACUUAUCCCAAUAUUGUGACAACUGCUUCUUUCACUUUUGCUCAAUGCCACUUUGUUGUCCUUGUGAUUCAUGACCACUGUGCAAUGUUAUCAUUGUCCCUAUUCCUGAUUCUUAAAAUCACUUCGCAAGAAUACCUCAGUAUUCAAUGAAUAAAUCAACUUUUUUAUUAUAUGUGCCAAAAGUUAAGUUUUCAAAUCAUUAAUCCCUCAGACAUUAAUCCAGAUGCAAGUAGUUUUCUUAGUUAUUUCAAAAGUUAUUUUAAAAACUCAAGGAGCCAUGAAGUAACAAUGAAACUAUGAAAGUGGGUAAAACUCUUACCUAAAGCAAAUCUAACCUGCUAUUAUUUGCCAAAUUUUAUAUAUUAUUUUCAUAUAUAUAUAUAUGUUAUUUUCUUUUUUUUUUUUUAAAGCAGGAACCCAGCUUUAUUUCCUUUUUUGGUAGCAGGGAUCAAACUCAGGUCCUUCCACUUGCAAGGCAGGUGGCGGAACCACUGAGCUAAAUCCCCAGCCCUAUGUUAUUUUCUUUUGCCUGCCAUUUCUCAUUAGUGAUACUUUUUUUCUUUUCUUUUUCAUUACUGUUACUGAUUGGAACCUAAGAAAUUUCAAAGCUUUUCAAUACAUAUAGUUAAGAAAUGUUUUAACAGUCUUCUGCUGUUAAUUCAAGUGUCCUUGUGUUUUUUGUUUCUUUGACCUAUCUAAACUUUAAGUCAGAAGAGAAACUGAUGUGCAGAACAGAAUGGAUUCUGCCUCUUUGUUCCACCAUCUCAACUGAGUCUGAGCUUUCCAGACUAAAAGGUUACUGCCUCUGGUAAUCCCUGCUCCUUAGCCAUGUGGCUUUAGUCACUUUUCUGCUUCUCCAUUUGACAUUUGGAUAGUGCCGCCUUUUACUCCACGGGGAUUAUUCAGUGAGCUAAGAGUGGUAAAAAAUCUUGCAAAGUUGCAAGAUUUAACUUUAAGUUUAUUUACUUUAAGUUUAUUACUACCACCUGUUGGAGAGAGCGUCAGAAUAUUCCAUCUACUAGGGUGACUGAAAUUUUAACAAACUAUACAACCCUACAGGAUCUGUUUUUUUGUUUUGUUUUUUGCUUCCUAAAAGUGAGGGUAUAGAAAUUUACACUUUUAGAAUACAAUGCCCCUGUUUUAUCUGUUACAAAACACAGGUAAUCUUUAAUCCAACAAAUUUAGGCUGGGUUGAAUAAAAAGUUAUUACUGUCUAAAUUCCAGGUGGAAUUAAAUACAAUCACAAUGACUCUAAUAUUUUCCUUACAUUUAAGGUAAACCACCUUUUAAAAAAUACUGACUGAUUGGAACUGUGUUAGUGUAAAUGGAAUCAGCUCAUUUUGCCACCCACCUGCUGCUCAGAAGUUUCUUUUCUCUUAGAAAAAAAUGUGUACAGUUACAUUCUUAGUAGUAGCAGCUAAAAAUUUAGUAUUUUAUUUUCUUUUUUGAUCUGAUAUGGCCUCAUUUGAAUUUUCUCAGAGUCUACCUUGUUCUAAUUAAUAAUAAAUAACAAAUUACAAAUAAAAAGCACUUAAAGAGAAAAAAA